AUGUUAAAAUCAAUCAUUCAACAUAAUCGUACAUUUCAUUCAACUACAGUGUCCUUGUUCAAUAAAUCUAAUAUCGUUCAAAAUCGAAUCAAGCUAACGCUUUUUGUCAAAGAAAAUUGCGGUUUAUGUGAAAAAGCUAAAUAUAACUUGGAACAAUUAUAUUCAAAAGAUAAAGAAAUUAGUAAACUCCCAUUAGAACUUGUGGAUAUAAACUUACCGUUAAAUAAUAAAUGGUGGGAUAAGUAUUCCUUUGAUAUUCCUGUUUUACAUAUUGAAAAUACUGAAAAACCAGAAAAUUUGGCUAAAAUAUUCCACGUGAUUGAAGAAAAUGAUGUUGUUGACAAAGUAAAUGGAGUCAAAUCCAAGAAUUAA